UCUGCCUCUCCGCUGCUCUUCUCCCCUCCCUCUCUCACCGCCGCUCCACCAGCCGGGCCUCCGCCACUCCUCACGGUCGCCGACAGCUGGAGCACCGAUUCUGCUUUUCUUAGCAUUGCAUUACCAAGUCUGCUAGCAAGUGUCAUGACUAUUGCUACUGAUACAAGUGGAUCUCCAACUAGGCUUCAGGGUAGAUAUGGUGGAAUGGUAGUAUGUUGGAUUCUUGGGCUUGGAUGCCUUGUCUCGUGGAACAACAUGUUGACUAUCAGAGAUUACUAUUAUGAUCAGUUCCCUUUAGGUUCAGCAACAUUAGGGAAAGGAGACAUUGGAAAUUAUACUGGUAUAUGCAUCAUUGUAGCUACUAUGGGAGUUGCAGAUGGCCAUGUUCAAGGAGGGAUGGUUGGAGACCUAUCCUUCAUGUGCCCUACGUUCAUCCAAAUGGUUUUUGACGUACAAAUGUGGAUAUGACUUAUUUUGACAACUACGGAAGGGCAUUGUUUUUAUAUCUCCGUCUGUAUAUAUAGUGGUUCAUACAAAUUAAUUUUUUUGCGUGGUAAAUAUCUAAAAUUUGGCUUGAUAGAAAUUAGCAUUGGACGUGGUACAAAUUAGUUUUUGGGGCGGUACAGAAUAAAUUUUUGGUGUGGUAUAGAUUUCCUUUUGGAUAUUAAAUUUGGUUAAUCCUCUAUUAUGUAUGGAAUUAAAUUAUUGUGGGUUGGAUUAUACUUGGUAUUGAUGGAAUUUGUAUUACAUUUAGAAUUGGACGUUGAAUAUAAAUUUUUUGGAUGGUUGGAAGUGAAA